ACAUCACUGUAAAGUCCAUUAGUGAACUGGAGGGUUAAAGUUUCCACAUCAUACUGGUGCAUUGGCUCCAAACCAGCUGUGAUUUAAGAUUUUGUGUGAGCACAUGAGAGAGACCUUCCACUUUCAGCAUAUGAAUGUUAAAACAGCCUUCACACAUACAUCAUCCUGCACAGUGAAGCUCAAACAUCCAACUGAAGGAACAAGAAGAAAAACAUAUUUUUUGACUGGAGGGGCACUUUAAGUUCAACGUUUUUUUAUAGCACAAUAUACCCAAAUAACAUACAGGCCCAGAAAUGCAAUAAAUAAAUAAAAUAUGAAAAACCUCAGCCCUCAGUGUUCCCCCAAAACGGCUCUGUCUGCUUUAUUCUUGAUGCCAAAUCCUGCUUGCUUCCUGGUGCAUCAUUCAUGUUUUACAGUGUCAUGUGUCUUUAUUUUAACUCUCUUCUUCUUGUGGGCUAUAAUGUGCUUUCUCAUUCGGCAACAAAUUACCCAGUGACCAAACUGUGUCAGGGAAACGACUUCUUAAUUUGAGAUAAUUAACCAAAGUCGUUAAUCACCGCAGCGUGUGAACCCUGUGAACCGACCUGUGAAACGUCUCUCCGGUCCGUUAAUUGACUGCCUGUUGUUUCCCAGGACUUCACUCAUUUGUAACUGCGCCACCUAGUGACCGCACGACUGAACGUGGACCCCCAUACACCCCCUCCCUCCUCUCCUUUUUUUUAUUUAAUAAUUUAUUUUUUGUCACCGUGAGAAAUAAAGUGCCAGGAUAGAGCAGGGACAUCAGCAGCAGCAGCGCGCCACUUGCGAGAGCAGCGGCGGAGCGCUUUCACUUCUGUGCCGAUUAAAGUUGAGCGCGACACGCUGAUGACCUGCGAGCAUCCUCCGGGGAAACUGUGCAUUUGACUGGCUUAACGAGCGUCAGUUUCCAUCUCUUCACCGCACAUCAUUUGUUGCUGUCUUGGCUUCCGCUGACCGACAGUCCGAAGGCUGUGUUUCAACCCAGCGCACUGACGGAUACGGACAGACUCCCGAGGAUUACAGAUGGACUGGCUCACACCUGAGAUGUGAAGUGUGUUAUGUGAGCCAAGGUGUUUUCCCACCUCGCUGGUGGUGGGGAGAGAUGCUGCACUCCGUUGCCAUGACAGCAGAAGUUCUCUUUGUUCUCGGGUUCCUGAUGAGCGGCGCUCAGUGUAGCCCUAUAGCGACCUUACCAGCGAGCCGAGAACGUCUGGAAAAGGUGUUGACCCAAGCCAGGGAGGACAAACAUCAGGACAAGCCGGCCUCACAGGAGCCGCUAGGAUACGGUGCUCAGCAGCAGCAGGAGGAAAUCAAUGCCUUGGGCCCCAACAGGACUGCUGUGAGCCGUGCCAGGCCGAAUCUCAGCUCCCAGACACGAGGAUCUAAAGGCGGGAAGUCCCAGGAGCUGUGGAGUGAGCAAAACAGCCUGAACCAAAUAGAUGAGGGGCCCACCAGUGAUGUCACCCUCUCCCUGGAUGCCAUCGAUGAGUACGCCUACCCAGACUACAGGGGUAAAGGCUGCAUGGAUGAGAGCGGCUUUGUGUUUGCCAUCGGGGAGCAGUUCACCCCAGGCCCUUCAACAUGCCCUUGCCUCUGCACAGACGAGGGCCCUCUGUGUUCCAAGCCAGAAUGUCCCAAGGUUCACCCUCGCUGCAUUAAAGUGGACACUAGCCAAUGUUGCCCGCAGUGCAAGGAGAAAAAGAACUACUGCGAGUUUCGGGGCAAAAUCUACGCCUCGCUUGAAGAAUUUAAGGUGUCUCCAUGUGAGAAGUGCCGAUGUGAGCCAAGCGGGGAGGUGUUGUGUUCUGUGGCAGCCUGCCCUCAGACAGAGUGUGUGGAUCCGGAGUACGAGCCGGAUCAAUGUUGUCCCAUCUGCAAGGGCGGGCCAAAUUGCUAUGCAGACACAGCAGUGAUACCGGCCGGUCGAGAGGUGAAGAUUGAUGAGUGUACAAUCUGCUACUGCACAUACGAGGAGGGCACAUGGCAGAUUGAACGUCAGGCCACCUGCAGUAAGAACGAGUGCCAGCGCAGCUAGAGACUGGCACGGUGAGAGGGACAUUGGCACUCGACACCAGCGCCAAUUCGCAUGUAAACUCUCGGCCUUUCACCCAGUCUACUGGACAUCAGGGUCGGACAGCAGCCCUCGAGCAUCUCAGCAUUUAUAGUCACUCCUGUAUUGAAAAAAAAAGGCUUUUAUGAAGAUUUAUAAUCCACACACAGAAUAUCUAUUUAUCUAUGUAUUAAAUUAUUUAUGAAUAUAUACAAAUAUAGGAGUCAUUAAUGCUGAACUAGUUAAAAUAUUUUUUAUAGGCUCUGUAUUUUAAUAAGCAAUGUAUUGGACCAGAAGUCAAUAUAACAUAACAGAAUGUAUAGAACACACACAGCUGUCUUUGGAGGUGAAAACCUCAAUGUCUCGACAUGUGGUGUCAUCCAACAAAUCCUGACACCCGUCCCUCUACCACCAAAGUGCAGACCAGACUUGUGCUAUCCAUUUCAAAGUAAUGAGAAGAUUUGCUGUGUAGGAUAAUCAAGUGCAGUGUUAAAAACAACAAAGAGAAAACAGAAGGAAAUUCAAGCGGACCUGACUGUUUCCUGAUUUCUUUUAUCUUUUUGGAUGUUCAAAAUGUGUUUUGAUUUGAAAGUGCUUUUUUUGUAUUUCUCUUCGUACUGUGUGUUCAUGUUUCAAAUAAAUGCCAGUCUGUGCUCUGGAAA